CGGCUUUCUCGUUCCCGCCCCGCCUCUGUCGCAGCCCCCGCCUUCGCUUCCCCCUGCCCCUCGCCGCCGCCCCUCCCCGCCGGCCCGGCCCCCAGAGCGGCCGCGGAGACUGCGCAGCGCGGGAGGCGGGAUCCACACGAAAUAAAGCAGAAUGAGUUAUACAGAAAAACCUGAUGAAAUCACAAAAGAUGAGUGGAUGGAAAAGCUCAACAACUUACACGUGCAGCGAGCAGACAGGAAUCGCCUCAUCAUGAACUACCUCGUCACAGAGGGCUUUAAGGAAGCCGCAGAGAAGUUUCGAAUGGAGUCCGGGAUUGAGCCUAGUGUGGAUCUAGAAACCCUUGAUGAGCGGAUCAAAAUCCGUGAGAUGAUCCUAAAGGGGCAGAUUCAGGAGGCAAUCGCCUUGAUCAACAGCCUCCACCCGGAACUGCUGGACACCAACCGCUACCUUUACUUCCACCUGCAGCAACAGCACCUGAUCGAGCUGAUCCGCCAGCGGGAGACGGAGGCGGCGCUGGAGUUCGCGCAGACGCAGCUGGCGGAGCAGGGGGAGGAGAGCAGGGAGUGCCUGACGAUGGAGCGCACGCUGGCCCUGCUGGCCUUCGAUAAUCCCGAGGACUCGCCCUUUGGAGAUCUUCUGAAUAUGAUGCAGAGGCAGAAGGUGUGGAGCGAAGUGAACCAGGCUGUCCUGGAUUAUGAGAACCGGGAGUCAACACCCAAACUGGCCAAGUUACUGAAAUUGCUCCUUUGGGCUCAGAAUGAGCUGGACCAGAAGAAAGUAAAGUACCCCAAAAUGACAGAUCUCAGCAAAGGCGUCAUCGAGGAGCCCAAGUAGACCUGUGUGGGGACCCCGUGUGUCAUCACACGGACUCGCUGGCAUGUCCGGCUUGACUGGGAGAUUUUUACUGCAGUAGAGAUUCUUGUCCCCCCUUUACUUUUGGGGAGCCCAGCACCUUUUUUUAAAGGAAUAAUGGCCCUUUUGAGCGCUGGGAAGCUUGCAGUGAAUGACACCUUGUCUUCGGAAGCUGGUGCCGACUUCAUGCAGCACAUCCUGAAGGUAGUGGCAGUGGCCCCUGGUGCUCGAGGUGUCCUGCUCCUGAAGGGUUCCCUGGCCACUGCACUGUCCUGUUACGGACACCAGUGACCGCCCAGGCCCCCCAGAGUCUACGGGAAGCACUGAUCAUUGUCCUGCUUUCUGAGAACUUGUGGGCAGACGAAACGCGUUCUUCAUUCUCCUGUCUCCGCAUACAAGUUGCCCUUUCACCUGGCCUUUGUUGUUUUUUUCAUGUCAGAGACUAUAUGAACUUGUAAACCCUAACUCAAAGACUUCUUGUGUGUGAGGGCAGUGAGUUUGGUUUGUUUUCCCUUCGGUCUGGGUUGUGUGGCUUUGGGGGACACGUGUGUGUGAGGGGUGGCUGUGUGUUUUUUAAUUUUUCAAAUAUAUAUUUUGGUGCUGUCUGUGGUCAGAGACUCUUUCCUGGUGGAUUAACAAACCAUCUCUUCUGCGCAGUUCUAUUGAAAAUAAAGGUUAUGCUUUGAUUUCAAGAAUGA